AUGGAUUAUCUCGCGCAAUUAAUCCACGAGAAGAGCACGAUUUCGGCAUUUCCCAAUCAUUUUAAACAUACUGACCGCUUAAUAGAUCUUGAGAUUGCACGCGUUCGUGCUCAGCUUUUCCAGUGUAAUUUUGACGACGAUUUGCCAAAAUUGCCUGAGCUGGAGUCUCAUGAGGAUAUUGUUACUUUGCAGGAGAAGGUUUAUGUGCCAACCAAGGAACAUCCGGAGUUCAACUUUGUUGGUCGCAUUCUUGGUCCGCGUGGUAUGACUGCUAAGCAAUUGGAGCAUGAGACUGGUUGCAAGAUUAUGGUUCGUGGUCGUGGAUCAUUGCGCGAUACUAAAAAGGUUUUAAUUGAGGACUUCUCUUUUCACAUUUUUAAUUUUGAGGAAGAGGCAAAUCGUGGAAAGCCAAAUUGGGAGCAUCUUGAGGACAACUUACACAUUCUCAUUCAAUGUGAGGAUACUGAGAAACGUGCCCGUUCUAAACUUGAGAAGGCUGUUGGGAGGGUCAAGAAGCUACUUGUUCCAACGAACAAUGGAAUUGAUGAGCUGAAGCGUAAGCAGUUGAUGGAACUUAGCAUCAUCAACGGUACUUAUCGUUCUGCAAUUGGGCCGAAGAAUCCACCAAGCAUUCCUCGACUCACUCCGCUUUCUAUGCUUUCUCACAUGCAUUUGCCGAUUUCGCCGCCGCCAUUUGUCUCGUCGGCUACUACUCAUUCGCACAGCAACAAUCAUCCAUUCUUUGGUUCGCCUUUGCCUAGUCCCUAAAAAUGAAGAGGAGGAAUUGCUGAUUGCUUUUAAAAAAAGAAGGUUUUCAAAGAUAAAUAAUAUUGUUAUAUUCU